GGAGACCCCAGCGGCUUUAAAGCUGUGUGAAGACCAACAAACACCGACCUCUGCUCAGCCUGUCAGUGAAUGUGGAGCCUUUCUUGCCUUAUUGUAGCCUGUUUUUUAACGAAAGACAAACAAAUGCAGGAGUGACUUAAGAAGUGCGCAGCUGGUUUAAGAAAGAAGUCCACAAGUGAAGAUGUCCAAAUGGGUGUCGUCGCGAUGGGAUUUGAGUUGAGGAACACGUAACCACUCAUAAGUCACCCUGACUCACUUCGUUGUUAAGGUAAUAGGAAACUUAAAAAGACGUGUUUUGACCGCUGGGAUGUUGUGAACGACAGCUCUCCUGGGAUAAAAGGACGGAAGGACCCAGGGCUGGUGGACAAGCACCGGAGGGAUUAUGGCUUUCGCAACGUUUUCACUCAGCCUCAUCACGCUCGUGCUUACAAACUUGCACCUGUCGCGAGCCAGUGACCGACAUGCGGUGUACUGGAACAGCUCAAACCUCCUGUUACGGAGAGAAGGCUACACAGUGCAGGUCAGCGUCAACGACUACCUGGACAUCUACUGCCCGCAUUAUAACAUCAGCCAGAGGGGGACGCUAGAGCGCACCGUGGCUGAGCAGUACAUCCUCUACAUGGUCAGCUACCGCGGCUACCGCACCUGCGACCCCCAGCUGGGCUUCAAGCGCUGGGAGUGCAAUAGGCCCCACGCGCCACACGCUCCCAUCAAGUUCUCUGAGAAGUUCCAGCGUUACAGCGCCUUUUCUCUGGGCUACGAGUUCAACGUGGGCCAGGAAUACUACUAUAUCUCCACGCCCACCCACCACCACGGCCACAGCUGCCUGAGACUGCGAGUCUACGUCUGCUGUUCCACCGUUUCCCAGGCAGACGAUGACUCUAGUCAGACUCCUCCCGACUACACAGUCAGGCCAAACCUGAAAAUACACAACAUCGAUGAAUUUAACCCUGAAGUUCCCAAACUGGAGAAAAGUGUCAGCGGCAGCAGCCCAUCACGUGACCGCCUUCUUCUCACCAUGGCGAUGCUGCUCCUGUCGGCCGUGCUUUUGUCCUAGCGGACUAUCACCUGGAGUGACACUUCACAUGCAUCGCUGGACCGCCUUGUCCAAAGGGCUUUGUAUCCACCACGUUGUUGAUGUGAGAGACGGCAGAGACAGACAACGGUCGAGCAGAGGUGAAACAGAACCCAAAUCCAGACGACACUGAAAAACAUCCUUGAACUUAGACUUAACUUCAAAAAAGGAGAGGCCUUUUUGCUGUCAUAUUCACAUCUGUGUAUGUUGACACUCCAUGUGUUGUUGGACCAUCAUCAUAGGAGCACCGCAGCUUUUCAUAUGUUCCACACAACAUGGAGGCAGAACCCCAAUGCAGAACCAGACUUCAGUGCUGCUAUCAUGCCUGUGGACUUGUAUUGAGCUGGAUGUAGACUACACUUCUUCUUAUUGUAGCAUGGAUUUCAAAUCACGAGGAUUAGCAAAAGCAACUUUUUCAACUGUAGAGAAGAUGAUGAACUUGGCAGUGGAUUUUAAGGCCUUUGACUAUGGACAAAGUAUGCUAACGCAUAAAACUGAACUUAGAUGUAGUAAAGUGAAAGUUAGACCUGGGAAGUGUGCUGAUCUCACCUGGAAUAUACCGGAUAUUUAUGUAAUCAGUUAGCGAUGAGAACUGCUGCUUUUUCCUCGGACACUAAGGAAUGUUUUCACGCUGGUGUGAGCGAGCUGCUCCUAAUAAAAGCCUGAGGUGUUUCUUAAGAGAACGGAGAGACUUUUUGAGGAUAUCCACAGGCCUUUCAAGAAUCCAUUUUCUCCAGACAUCAAAAAUACCCCUGGCUUUGUGAUAGGUACAGCUGCAAAGCCUGCAUUUCUUGGAAGAUAGCGAGUGCCCUCUUAGAACUAGUCCUUUGUCUGCAUUUCCUGCCUUCACACUUUAACAACCCGAGAAAAAUACAGACCCCGGACUAGUAAUUUGACGGCACUUAGACAUGGUGGAUGUGUGUUUUUUUGUUCCAGUGCAUUUACUGUCAGCACCAAACCUUUCUCCCAGCAGCAGUCAUUCAGAACACCACUAAUUUGCAAUUUAAAAAAAAAAACUCUCACAGCAGCAAGUUCCCUUUUAAUCCCAGACAACCCUGUCAAGUCCUUUUCCACUUCAGAGGUGCCCAGCCAAUCAGUGCUGAUGCCCAUUACAGCAGUCACCAUUACCAUGGAAACGACCCCAUACAGUCGCCAGAGUGCGGCAGGUGCCUGAGGAGAACUUGUGCUUCGAGUCUCAAAGAAACGCUGCCGCCAUUUUCUUAAAAAAAAUCAAAUAAGAACAAAAAAAUAAAACACAACACGUGUGAAUGUGCAAAUAAAGACAAGUUCACUUUUUUAUAUUGUUAUAAAAGACAAAGUAGGCUGGCGUUAGUCAAUAUUACAAUGUUGUGCUUUUUUAAUUUAUUUAAUUUUCAAAUGUUUUUAUUUUAAAAUUAAAGUAUAUUAUUUAUCUACCUAAUUUAUUAGUGUGCAUUUGUAGGCCUUUGCUCUAUAAGCUAUGUGCCAUUUUUUAUUGUUUUUUUAAACAGUGGAAUUUUUACUGCAGCAUUUUGCUUGAGUAGACAACAUAAGCUGACGCUGUCGGCCUGACAAAAGGAGAGAGGGUUGUUGGUUCUGACCAAUCAGUAGGGACUUCACUCAGUAACCCUACUCUCAUGUUACAGACACUUCCAACCUGAUUAUGUUGCUGAAGAGCAUGUCAUAAACCAACCAAUGCACAGACACGGAUGUUUAAUGGGAGGGCAGCAUUCCUCUAUCGCUGCACC